AAAUUCACCCCGACCCUGCACUCAGACAUAAACUUCCGGUUAAACUGGGCACGAGUUGGGCACGUUGUGCAACACUUUCAGCUAAUUCUCCUCCGUGAAGCUGUUAAGCCGAGAGGAUCAGGCAACAUUAUCGAAGACCUAGCACGAACAUUAAGAUGGCAGAUGAAGUAAACCCAAAAGCAUACCCACUGGCAGAUGGUGACCUUUCCCAGAAAAUCUUAGAACUGGUGCAACAAGCAUCCAACUACAAGCAGCUCAAGAAAGGAGCUAAUGAAGCUACAAAGACAUUGAAUCGUGGGAUAUCUGAGUUUAUAGUAAUGGCAGCAGAUGCUGAACCUCUAGAGAUACUGCUACACCUGCCUCUGCUCUGUGAAGAUAAGAAUAUCCCAUAUGUGUUUGUUAAGUCAAAACAAGCACUAGGCCGAGCAUGUGGUGUGAGCCGACCAGUGAUUGCUUGUUCUGUUACCACACAUGAAGGAUCCCAGUUGAAGAAUCAAAUCAAUGGGAUCAAACUAAACAUUGAAAAACUGCUCAUCUAACUGAAUCUGGAACUCUGAAACAGCAAGAAUAAACAUUUGAUGAUCUGAAAGAAACUGCUAAAGGAAGUUCAGUGCUGAACAAAAGACACUAUAAAAAAAUAGGUAUGAUGAGAGCAAACUCUCUACCUGAAAAAUACAAUGCCAUUUCUCUUCCUUUUGCACUUACCACGAUAUAGCAAAACUAAAUUACAGCAAUUCAUUCUACCAAGGACAACACACUAAGCAUUCCAGCUAUGUUACAUUGAUCAGCAUAAAUUUGUUCAUUUUAAGUAAAAACAUGUUUUGCACAGGCCUGCAAUAAAGUGAAGGUUUUUCUUUUUCUUUUCUUUUUUUUUUCUCAUUAAAAUUUUCUAAAGCUGCUAUCAGAUUACUAAAUAAGAAAUGUUUGCACUGUGUGAGCUCUUACAAUAGUUUCAGCUAUUUCAAAGUUGCAACAUUUUUCAGAGUUUUAUUUUUAACUUUGUUUUGAAUGAAACUUUGUACCGGGUAAUUGUUGUUGUUUUUUUUUUUUAUAAACUUGGUUAUAUUAAUUCAUGUGUAGGUCAGCUUAAUAUAGAUAUGUAGUUAUUUCUCUGCCAUUAAUUCAUCGUUUUCAUUGAUUCACCUUUCACAAACCGCUUGUAAUGGCCAUUAAAUUUAAAUUCAUUGUCAUGAAUUUUGCUUGUGUAGUAUUUUCAAUCACAACCAUUAUGCUUAAGUGUUCAUUAAAGAACUUUGCAUAGAUAUCUGUAGUUGACAUUUUUUGCAAAAUUGUACAGAUGUUGCGAAGUUGUUGAAAAAAACUUUCUGUUGCUGAAAUAAUGGAAUAAAUUUAUUACAUUU